AUGUCACAGGAGAAAAAGCAGUCUGGCACAGACAAGAAGGAAGGCCAGGAGAAACAGCAGAGUGCCAUCCCAGAGGCAGAUCGCAUGAUUGAUAUCAUCCUCAACGCCACCAAAACCGUCGCUUCCAGUCCCAAGCUCCUUGUUGUGGUCCUCGGGCUUUUCGUUGUUUGGUUUGUGUUUGGGAAGCUGGGCGCCUGGACUGUUGCCUUGGUCGAUAUGGGAGUCCGCCUUUGGUACACUGCCACUCAAGGGUGGGUAGACACGAUCGAGGAAGCCUUCAAACCGUUCUUUCCAUGUACCACUGGACUGUCGACAUCGACAGCGCACGAAGCGCGCUUGGACGUGUCACAAUCUCCACCAUGGGAAAAGACAUAUUUUGCACAAGCUCAGUUUCGGUGA